AUGUCAGAGUCACUAGAUUCUACACUUCAUAGUAGAAGUAAUGUACUACAUGAUUAUCAUGAAAAAAUUCACACACAGCCGAUAAAACCAUUAAUAACUGAAGAAGACAAGAAAAGUUAUUAUUUCCGAUUGAUCAAUUAUGAAUACCACAGUCUUCAAUCUGAUUCAGAGAUUCGUCAAAAGUCUUUAUUUCAACUAAUGGAUUAUUGCGAAUUGCAAUAUGAAAAUUCAAAUACACAGACACAAUCUGGAUCACAUCAAAAGGGAAUCAAAUCAUAUAUUCGUGGAUAUCUUGUUUUCAAUUAUUUGAUCAAUGGAUUUAUUAUGCAUCACUUUAAUGGAUUUGAUGAAUUUAUUGCCACUAAUGAAACCGAUUUUAUUAUUUACUUGAACAUUUAUGCAUUUUACAAUACCGAUGUGUAUUUUUCAAAUGGAAAUUAUUCUGUAUUUGCAACUGAUUUAAGGAAUUACAUGAAAGAUUAUCUUGUCAAAAACAAUAUACUAAGUUUUGACAUAAAUGAAUUAUUCAAAUGGUUAAACGAAUAUAUUUCGUAUUUGAAAGACAAAGAUAGAAAUGGUUCAACACUUCCCGAUAACGAAUCAUCAACCCCAUCUCCACCUUCAUCGCCAUCUUCAACAGCAUCAUCAUUUUCAUUCAUUGAAACAUACAAGACUCCUGAUUUGCAAUACGAAGAAGACUUUAAAGUACGAUAUCCAUCAGUUAACUCAUACAAUACAUACAAAACAAGUUCAAAAACACAUCAAUCAUCACAUCAUACCAGACCACCAAUUCCUACUCAGGUACCUCCUUCCCCUCCACAGAAUGAUUUCCCACGACUUCCUGAUGAGAGUCCAACACACUUGUCGCCAUUGCGUUUACUGCAACUGUCACCAUCACUGCCACUGCCACUGUUGAAACUUCUUGCGUCAUCUCCACCACCAAUUCCACCGCCUCACAAAUAUCCGACCAAGGAAUACCCCACCGCCCCUUCUGUAUUAGACACAAAUACCAGUCCAUAUCCACUUCAAGAAGGCACAGCCUCACCUCCAGGUUCUCCUCAAGGUUCUCCACCAACAUUAUCACCAAGUCCUGCAUCCAUGCUGUUGUAUAAUCCUGUUUCGAUCCCAGUCGCAGUCCCUGUACCAAAAGAGGAAAGUAAAUAUUUUAAACCAAAAUCCUAUGGUAGACCAAAGCGAGAAGUACCAGAUGGUUACUUGCGUCCAACUGACUAUACGACAGCAAAAAUUCAUGGUAGUAAUGUCCAUACACCUCAUUUAUAUCCACAGCAACAGCAACAACAAUACUUACCAACCCAUAAUCAUUAUCAACAACAGCAACCUCCUCUUCAACAGCAACAAUACAUACUACCACUGAAUCAGAUCCCACACCAAUUCCAACCUUCAUAUCCUCAACAAGCUCCACAUUACAUUCAACCUUUCCCUUAUCAGCAGAGCCAAGUAUUACCGCCUCAACAACAAGCAAUAGCACAUCCAUCACUGAUGCAACAGCCAAUGCAUUACCAUGGCAACAAUAAUGGAGCACCACUGGGAUCACUUGUUCAACAAAAUAGUGCUUAUUCGCAUAUUCCAUCACAUGUUGUGCACCAACUGGACUCACUGAGAAAUAAGAAACAGAAUUUACUUAAAGAGUUUUCUGUUUGUGGGUUGAGAAACUUUGGAUCGUCUUGUUAUAUCAACUCAACAAUUCAAUUAUUGUUUGGUGUAUAUGAAUUUAAGUCGAUUUUCAAUCGUGGGUAUCAAAAGCAUGUUAAAGCGUUAAAAUAUCUCAAGAUGGUAGCCAAGGCAAAUAGCCACUCUAAGGAUUCAGUAUUAUUGAGUGAUGCUACUGCGGGACUUUUAAAGACAUUUCAAAACAAUGGAGGUGUUUCUGUUUCUCCUACGAAAUUCAUUCGUGUGACAACAAUGUUAAAGCCAGAUUUCAAUAUCCCAUAUGAACAACAAGAUGCACAAGAGUUUUUAUUAUUUUUGUUGGACAGACUUCAUGAUGAAAUGGCUGAUAAACUGCCGGAAAAUUAUAAUCCUGAGGAAGCUCUUCGCAAAUGGAAGAUUAAACUCUCACUUGAUACCAAAGAUAAAUAUUUAGAUUGGUGCAAGUCUUUACAUGAACACGAAGGUACCUCCCCAAUCACAGACUUAUUCCAAGGACAUUUACAAAACAAGUUAAAAUGUAACAAAUGUGGAUAUGAAUCUAUUAGUUAUUCACAGUUUACUAUUUUAUCAUUACCUAUUCCAGCUAGUAGCACCAAGGAGGUUAAUUUAAGUGACUGUUUAAGGUAUUUUAUUCAGGACGAAGUUUUAUCAGGAGAAAACGCAUGGCAUUGUCCGAAGUGUAAUGGAGAAGUGCCAACUUUAGAUAAUCAUCCUGUUUUUGAAAACAAAAGAAGUGGACUUUUCAAACUUGGAGGGAAAAAGAAACAGCAUCAAAAUCAAAAGAAUCUGAAAAAUAACGAGAAUGCAAUUUCUACAAAGAGUGUCAAUUUUGUCAAAUUGCCAAGUAUUUUGAUUCUUCAAUUAGGGUUAUUUAAUUUCACUGACAAAUUGGACAUGCAGAUUAGAUACCCAUUAGUAUUAAAGUUCAAUAAUCAUGGACACGAGAUAGUAUACAAAUUAUCAGGUAUGAUUAAUCAUGUUGGUAGUUUAAAGAGUGGACAUUAUACUGCAUUGGUGAAUAAAUCAAAUAUUAAUGAAAAGUUAAAAAAUUUGGACAAUUUAAAACAACCAUUCUGGUGUUUCUUUGAUGAUGACAACGUCAAAUCCAAUGUAGCAAAUGGUCAUUUAAGUCCUCCAUAUGAUGAAGUGGUUUCAUCAGAUGCUUACGUUUUAUGUUAUGAGAGAAUAGAUAUUUAA